GAUGACGCGUCGCUGGAGAGAAAUGCGACCGAAUUCGCGAUUGACACAAUGCCGGUUCAUCGCCACUGACCGAACACCUAUGUAUAUUGUAUACAGCUAUAGGCUAUAGUGUUCUGUAAGCAAAGCCAUCUUCACAGGUGUGUAAGCGCAGGUAAAGGUUCCUCCCCCCUCGCGCCCCUUCCCCGAGCGCGCCCACUAGCGCUGCCAUCUUGAAUUCCGCUCACUCAGACCCGCGCCCGCCUCGCGGCCACCGCACGUACCGCGUUCAUGCCACGACCAACAUAAUAAUAAGUGAUUUCAUGUGAUUUAAGUGUCAUGUGAUAGUGUAGUGCCAGAAAAUGGAGUCCACGCCGAUCUGUCGGUGUCGUGUGCUGUAUCUAGGGUCGGCGGUGCCGCAACAGAGCAAGGACGGUCUGCAAGGCAUCCAGGAACCUUUACGUGAACUGUAUCCGGAAAAAGGAGCGACUAACAGUGGAAUAGAUUCGUGGUUGUCGGUCUGGUCCAAUGGCAUCCUGUUAGAGAACGUGGACGAGAGCGGGUCGAGAGUGUCGAGGUUCUUUCCGAUAUCGAGCCUGCACUACUGUGCCGCCGUGAGACGUGUCAGUGUCGAGGGUGCUCCCAGGUUCCUCCCUCUGGACUCUCCCUUCGCGAGGGCGCCGGCCGCUCGCCGCCCGCCCUUAUUUGCAGCAGUUCUUCGUCGGACACAGGGUAUAAAAGUACUGGAAUGUCACGCGUUCAUAUGCCGUCGGGAAGCAGCGGCAAAUGCUCUGGUUCGUUGCUGUUUCCACGCAUAUGCGGACAGUUCGUAUGCGAAACGUUUGGAGGCGGAGCGAUCGCCUUCUCAACUGCCGCCAGAACCAGACGAAGAAGUGGAAGUAUUUGAUGGUGAUGAGAAUCACAAAGUGUGGGUGGGCGAGGUGGACAGAGAUGACGCGAGCGACGACAUUCCGCAGCAGGCCCGCGCGCCGCGACCUCGACAGAUAGCGCGACCUGCUUCCGUCCCGCCGCCUCCGCCGCCAGAAGAACCGAAGAAAAAGUCAACGAAAAAGUCUAAAAAGAAAUCAUCCGCAUCGGCUGACGAAUUGUAUGGAACAAUGCCCGGGCCGGCUAUGAACGGUCCUCUUAUGAAUGGCAGAUCCUUAGGUCGCGCCCCGCCGGCGUGGGCGGGUGGGCAGCCCAUGGUCCUGGUGGCCCACCCCGCAGCCACACUGCCUCACGCGCGCCACGCCACCCUGGGGCACAGAGGCCGCGUGCCAGCCGCCAUGGUGCCGGGACCGUUCGGGCCUGUUCCGCCUCCUGGAAGAGGGAGGAUACAAUACGCGACAGUCGAUCCCCGACGCUCUAAGCCUCCCCCGCCUGCUCUCAAAGCUGCCCAGAGUAUGAACGGGCUGGAAGCGGUCGACGAUGCUGGUGGGAUCUACAGAAAAAAAGGUCAUCUAAACGAACGAGCCUUUUCAUACAGUAUCAGACAAGAACACAGAAGUAGAUCGCACGGAUCUCUUGCAAAUCUCAAAUUCGCUGCUCCGCCAGAGGUGGAGUCAGGACGCGAAGAGUUGAAGAAAGAGCGAGAGAUAAUGCAACUGGUGGCCGGUCUACAGCUUAACCCGGAUGAGAUCGAGAGGCGUGAGGUGCCUCCACAUAUGAUGAGGAACAGGCAUGGACCUAGAUAACAUCACGCCAAUCUGAAGAGCAGUGCCAUCGCAACGACUACUGCAACGAGAAUCAAGUCGGAAAAUAUUUAAACAGUACCCUAGGGUUGCCAACCUUACUAUAAAAUAGAGUAUUGUACUCUAUAUCAUGUAGGCGUACUCUCUAGGUAAUCUAUAAAAGUAAUGGAAUAUGCUAAAAUACUUUUUUUUACACAAUACUUUUAAAAACCAUAAAAAAUUUGUUAUGUGCUGCAAAAAGUACAAAAAUACCUUUUUAAAACUAAAUGAUUCUCUUUUUUGAAGUCGGUACUCUUUAUUUACCUGCUUUGAAAUCAGAUAUACUCUAUUUCUUCUAAUAAAAAUUGGCAACCCUACAGUACCUGGCUAAUAAUGUAUGUAAUUUUGAUAUAAAUGAAAACAACUUACGACUUAUACAACCAAGGGGCAAAAUGUUAUAAUACUAAUUAUUAUUGUGUGUCUUGUUAUUAAAAUAAAACAAUUGCAAAUAGUUACAAAAUAAUGAUAUUUUACUACCCAGCCAUUUUUUAAAUUAUUUCCUUGAGUUGUGAACAUUCGUGGGUGAGAGAUGGCUUACUGUUGAUAAAAUAUUUGCCUCAUAAAAAAUAAAAUGCAGAUUUAAAUUUUAACUCAUGAAUAAGUGAAAAUAUUAUAUAUUCUUUGUCAAUCAUUGCUGCAUAAGUGAAUCGUGAUAACUGGAAUGUUAUGAGGCUUAUACCUAUUUCAUAUCAAUUUAAAAAUAAAAAAUAGCUGUUUAGCUCUAAAUCUUAGAUAAUUUAUACACCUAGAUAGAGCCUCUUGCUGUUAGACCACCGAAACAGUCCAGGUUUAUUACUUUAGUGUGCGUGACAAGCUACGUCAUACACUUGCGAUUGGGGUCAUUUUGUGUAAGUGUGCGUGCAUGGUUACCUGUCAACCUCCACCGCGAGAACCUCUAUCAAAACGUAUAAAUUAUCCAAGUAAAUGAUCUAAGUAGUAAACAUAGGAAGUGUCACAAAAAACAAUAAGCAAUUUAAAUAACCAUACUAUAAUUAUAUAAAUAAACAUAUAUAUUAUUAUCUAUUACCACCAAAGAACAUUUUGUGUCGCCCUAUACACAGUACCUACUUACAUUGUUAAUUCUGUCUUCUCUUAGUAAUAAAAAUAUAGAUAAUAAGUAAUUAGUAAAACCUCAAUAUACUAGAAGUAAGUUUGUACAUAAGGGAUUGUACAAAAAUAGAGAAUAAUUUCAUAAAUGUAGAUAUAUAUUGUAUGUUUUUGGUGUUUUCUCUUAUUCUCUUGGUGAUAAUGCGAAUUAAAUUCAUAAUUUACAUUAAAAUGUGUCCAUGAAAAAGAUUUGAAGUAUGUUUAAAAUAUCGAUAUAUUAUAUAACUAGUGUUUCUUAGUCAUAAAAGUCAAAAGAGCAAGCAAGUUAUAUGCAUGCAUAGGUAUAUUUUUGUACUUAAUAGUAAAAAGUCGUUAUAAAUAUUUAAAAAAAAUUAGGUAUCUAGUACUUAAAAUGUAUCAAUGUAGGUAUUUUACUCGAGCUGGAAUGCAAUUGUUUAGAAAAGUACAGACUACUUAAAACCUAG